AUCAAUAAUAAUUCAACAAUUUACCACAACUAUACAAAGUAAAGUCCUAGUAGGUAUUAUUAUAAGGUUUUUAAGGUUUUAAACUACCAGACUACAGAAUCUGUUUUAACAUUUGGGGAAGCUGCAUCGGAAAAAAUGAAGAAAAUUAAAUGCUUUGAAAUAAAUAAUGAAAAAGUGAAACAACCAAGUGAACAGUUUAAACAAAAACUUAAUAAAAUGAGGAAAUCAAUGAGGAUUGUAACUUCAGAGAAAGAAAGUGAAGUCAUUCUGCUUUACUGUCCCAUUGUGUCACGGGCUGGAACUGACAUUGAAUCUGCACUGCAACUAUUGAAACCUGAUAAACAUGCAGCCAUAAUAGUGCUCCAUCACACGUUUGAUCCAGACUGCUCUGUACCAGAAAGCAGAAGGGCUGUACAGAGAGAUAACACAGUUGUCGUUGACUGUGUGUUCCAUGAAGAUCAGGGAUUGCUGCAGUGCGCGAGGAACGAGGAUGCUGUAAGCACAGUUGCAGUCUGGCUCCAUGAUGUGAAAAUAGCUGACAAAGGCAAGAAAGACAAAAAAGGCAAGAACGAGGAGAAAGACAAGAAAGAGAAGAAAGAGAAGAAAGAGAAGAAAGACACGAAAGAGAAGAAAGACAAGAAAGAGAAGAAAGACAAGAAAGACGAAGAUAGCACUGCUACACAUUAAGUUUAAAAUGUUUGUAUUGUUGCAGUAAAAUGUAUUUGUCAUGGCA